AUGGCUGACAUCAAGCCCAAUCAUACUUUAUACGUCAAUAAUCUCAAUGAGAAGGUCAAAAAAGAUGGUAAGUUUGUCAAUUUUGUUAAUUUAAACAAAAUUUAGAGCUCAAGAAGGCAUUGUACGCUAUAUUCUCGCAAUUUGGACAAAUUAUCGACAUUAUGUCGUUCAAGAGUUUGAAAAUGCGAGGACAAUCUCACAUUAUCUUUAAAGAAGUUAACGCCGCGGCUACAGCGUUGAGGUCGAUGCAGGGAUUUCCUUUUUAUGACAAACCAAUGAGGAUUCAAUUCGCCAAAGAGGAUUCUGAUGUGAUUGCCAAGGCGAAAGGAACAUAUGUCGAAAGGUAGCGUAAAUAAAAUUUUUGUUUUUGUUUAAAUUUUAGGAUUUAUAUUGAUCUUCCAAAAAGAAGAUGGAGUGUAGUAUAAUUCUUGCCAUAACUUCAUUAGAAAGGUAGCUAGAAACGUGAAAUUUUGUGAGAAGUUAAAUUACCUAUUUCUUCAGGUAAUAGAAUCUUAUUUUUAGAGAAAGGAAGAAUAUUGCGGUGCCAAAGAAGAAGAAGCGACUAGUCGAUCAGCCAAAGAAGACUAGGGCUGGUGCACCGGCAGCUCAGCCUCACAACAUUUUGUUCGUCCAGAAUCUACCUGACGACACGACAGAAGUAUUGAUUCGAACUCAUUUCGCCGCUUUUCCUGGUCUCAAAGAUAUUCGGUUGGUACCGGCACGACCAGACAUUGCUUUUGUUGAAUACGAUUCGGAAGAAGAGGCCACGGCUGCGAAGAAGGCUCUGAACAACUUCAAGGUAACACCAAACAACUCGCUUCGUGUUGAGUAUGCCAACAAGUAG